ACUACCCUUCUCUAUCACUCAUCUGGCCGAUUCCUACCCACCCUGCUCAGCACCCAAGCGGGAGUGACCAUCGGAUAGCCCUUAAUCCGUCACGGCGCGUACAUGAAAGGCGCCGGUCAGUUUUAUAAUGCUUCAUCAUAUUUAUGAUGCAGUGGUGAUAGGUGCUGGUCUCAGCGGCGUGGCAUGCGCGCGGCGACUGGCUGCAAACGGCAUUCGGAUUCUCGUGUGCGACGCGCGUCAGCGAGUCGGCGGGCGAACCCUAUCAGUGCCCGUGGAGAAUAGCGGCAACGAGGACGCCUAUGUGGAUCUGGGCGGUCAAUGGGUGGGACCCACGCAUUGGCGCUGCCUGCAGUUAGUGGCGGAGCUGCGCCUGUCAACCGUGCGGCAGCAAUGGCUCCAGGAUUCAGGGGCAGCGGAUCAACCCUUGGCCCAUACCACGAUGCUAAGCUCGGGGGCCUCGGCCCCGCUCACGCCUACAGACGAUGCAGAGCUAGCCUCCGUGUGUACGACUCUGGACACGUGGGCUAUGAGCGUGAGGGAUCCGGCCGCGUGGCCCGCCCACCCUCACGCGGCAGAGUGGGACAGGCAGAGCGCCGCUGACUACUUCCAGCGCUGCACCAAGUCCGAAGCGGUCCGACGUGAGCUGUUUACGCUGGUCCGCACCGUGCUGGCCUCCGAGCCCGCGGACCUCAGCCUGCUGUUCCUGCUCUACUUCCUAGGCCAGGUCGGCGGGCUACUGGCGGUAGCGGAUGGCGACGGCGGCGCGCAGACCUUCCGCAUUCGUGGCGGCGCCCAGCAGCUGUCCACCGGCAUGGCGGCGCAGCUGGCAGGCGGGGGGACCAGUGUGCCGGCAGCUGGGGCUCGAGGCGGAGGAGCAGCGGGCGGGACUGGGGGAGGCAGGGGCAGCUGCGAGCUGCGGCUUGGCGUGCGCGUGGCGAGGAUCGAGCAGCUGGGCAGCAUCGCCGAGGCUGAGGGUACUGGGGCCGCUGAGGACACAGAUAGCGGCGGCGGCUUCAGUGGCGGUGUGCGCGUGCGCUUGGAGCCCUCACACGACGGCUGCUGCAACGGGGCCGCCAGCGCCAGUUGCAACGGCACGGCCUGCGCAGGGGUGGUGACGGCGCGGUGUGUGGUGGUGGCCAUGUCGCCUCCGCUGUGGAAGACGCUGGAGUGGAGCCCGCCGCUGCCGCCCGCCAAGCGCGCCAUCACCGAGCGCAUGUACAUGGGGCGCUGCGUCAAGACCAUUGCGGUCUUCGACCAAGCCUUCUGGAGCUGUGCCAGUGGCGGCGCCCUUCACGCUGCUGGCGGACCUGGUGCGCCGGAGCUGCAGCUACGGCGGCAGCGGCCGCUACAGCAACUGCAACAACAACCGCAACCGCCGCGGUCACAGCCGCAGGAUCAGACAGUGCCAGGGAAUACAGGUAGCAGACCGAAGCCGCACCUCGAGGACUGCGGCCCAGUGGCCAACCUGUUCCCCUCCGUUGUGGACGGCCGCCCCGCGCUGGUGGGGCUGGUCGUGGCGGCCGCCGCCGCCUCCUUCGCGGCGCUGCCGGCGGCGGAGCAGCGCCGUGUGGUGUUGCAGCAGUACCGGCAGUACUUUGGCGACGAUCGGGCUGUAGCAGGCUGCCGUACCUUCCUAGUGAAGGACUGGAUGGGCGAGAGCUACAGCCGUGGCUGCUACGCCGCAGUCAUGCCGCCGGGUCUGGCGUCCUCGUCGGCAGCUGCUACAGCCGCCGGGUGUGAUGGGGCAGGCCCGGAGGAAGUGGGCGACGAGGGGCGCGGCACGGGGCGUGGCAGUAGCGGGGUGUGGGGCUGCGGUCCGGACGCGGCGCGCGCACCGAUGUGGGGUGGGCGAGUGUACUUCGCGGGUACGGAGCUGGCGAGGGAGUGGGCUGGGUACUUUGAGGGGGCGUUGGAGUCGGGCUACCGUGCUGCAGACGAGGUGGCGGCGGCACUUGGUCUCGGAUCAGGUGAAGGGAAUGCGCAUGCCGCUGGUCCGGCGUUCAGCAGGCUUUAGCAAGGCUUGUGAUAAGGCUUGCAACGCAUAAGCAAGCCGUUCGCCAGCACGUAUUGAUCUGAUCACUUAUCAUAUCGCACGAGUCACCCUUCUGCAAGGGUAUCAUAGUGUGCAUGAUGGAAAAUUUGCGGUACAUCCUAGACCGUGCCGAAGAGUAGGCGUUUUAGUGCCUGCGAUUGACGGGAAUGUGGGGCAUGCUGUGUCGCCAUGCAAUGACAGCCUUCCAAUACUUCAGUCAUCGCGUCGGGUACAUUGCCCAUUCAAAGCGCGGGCUGUAAGGAGCUGUUCGGUGCGUCCGUAGGCGGUACCCGCCGUUGCAACUACGGUUGUGCUGUACGCGCAGCACGGGGGAUUCCAAUCACGCUGUCCGGCCUAGGUUUGUGAUGUAUGCGAUGGGACAGUGUUAAGGCAGGUUGGUGAAGUCCCGUAGGGUGCAGCUGAUUCCCAGACCCCAGCAGAUGGCAAACAAUUUGCAACGGCAGGGCAGGAGUGCGCGGCAGGUUGAACGCCGGAGUUACUGUGCCGACAAGUUGCUGGCUGGCUGGAAGUUUGCUGACGCGCAUUCCUCACGCUCCGGGCGCCCGGCCAGGCAAUAGCACCACACAGACACACCGCGGCGCCACACUCACGGUAGGUCUGUGAUGUGGGGAGCUGCCAAACCGGCCGUCUAGCCCUCGUACACCGUUCCGGUUGUCGCAUGUUUUAGGCUUAGACAACACAUUGUUGCUUCGUGUGGGAACGUGGCCAGUGCGAGAAAGCCUCGGAUGCCCCGGGUCGGCUGGACAGUGACAGUCCACUGGCGUCGGUUGGCUGUAAGAAUCGUGAGGG